CUUUCUAUCUCUCUAUCUGUGCGAGUGGAAGGUGGGAAUCUCGAGGAGACGUCCUGUCAGAACAAGGGGUGGAGGUUGAGCACGCGUUCUGAAAGUUUGUUGGGCUCUCUCGUAGUGUAAUUUAGGUGGUUUUCUAGCUCUUCUUCUUGUUUUUUAUUUUUUUAUUUUUUUCUUUUGGUCUUUCCCUCAAAUCAUUAAAUAAAUGAUUUGUGGUAGUAUAGAGGAAUUUGAAUUGCUAUGUACAAGUAUGAUUUUUUUCUCAUGCAUGUCAAGAUUGAGCAAUUAGCUGUUUAUGGGGCAAGUUUGUUCCACUCGAAGGGAUCAUUUGUUAUUGAGACAUGGAUCCUUUGAAUGAUAGGCUGCUUGACUCCACCUUCUUGAUGUCUGAGGAACAAGCAAUGUCCCCUCUUCUUGUCUUCUUCAAAGACGCAAGGCAAGUCUUCAAAUUGGAUGAGCUAGGAUUAGAGAUUGCAUGGAUCGCUUUCCCUGCUGCAAUGGCAUUAACAGCCGAUCCUAUUGCCUCUCUGGUAGACACGGCAUUCAUCGGCCAGAUAGGUGCGGUAGAGCUUGCAGCUGUAGGUGUCUCUAUUGCAGUAUUUAACCAAGUGUCAAGGAUUGCUAUCUUUCCUCUUGUUAGUGUAACUACAUCUUUUGUUGCUGAGGAGGAUGCUACUUGCAAAAUGGCCAGUGAAGAAUUUGAAUGUGGAGAACAGGAAGGGACUUUUUCUAUAGAUAGUGAAAUGAAAGAAUUGAUUCCUCGAAAUGAUCCUGAAAGGACCGUGCACAACUCAUCUCCCUGCUCUGAUAAAUCUAUAUGUACAAUCAAACUUGGGCGUGAACGGAAACAUAUUCCAUCAGCGUCUUCAGCAUUAGCAAUUGGUGGGAUACUUGGUCUUCUCCAAGCUCUCAUUCUCAUUUUUGGAGCAAUACCUAUCUUGAACUUUAUGGGUGUAAAACCUGAUUCCCCUAUGUUGACCCCAGCAUGUCAAUACUUAACAUUGAGGUCUCUUGGUGCUCCUGCUGUUCUCUUGUCUUUGGCCAUGCAAGGGGUCUUUCGAGGAUUCAAGGAUACAAAAACUCCUUUAUAUGCAACAGUGGCUGGAGAUGCAACCAAUAUUAUCUUGGAUCCCAUAUUUAUGUUUGUUUUCCAUUUAGGUGUCAGUGGUGCAGCUAUUGCUCAUGUUAUUUCUCAAUACUUGAUUGCAUUAAUACUUUUGUGGAGACUAUUGAGAGAAGUUGACGUGCUACCUCCUAGUAUCAAAGAUCUGCAGUUUAGCCGCUUCCUGAAAAACAGUUUUCUAUUACUUGCAAGGGUAAUCGCUGUCACAUUCUGUGUGACACUGGCAGCAUCGAUGGCUGCAAGACAGGGAUCAAUUCCUAUGGCAGCUUUCCAGAUCUGCUUGCAGAUCUGGUUGGCGACGUCUCUUCUUGCUGAUGGAUUGGCUGUUGCUGGACAGGCAAUACUUGCGAGUGCAUUUGCUAGAAGAGAUCAUGCCAGAGCAACAGCUGCUGCAUCCCGUGUUUUGCAGUGGGGUGUGAUUCUAGGUCUGGUUCUCUGUGUCAUACUUGGAAUUGGCUUGCAGUUUGCAUCAAGAUUAUUUACCAAGGAUGCCAAUGUUCUGCAACUUAUUCAUAUAGGAAUCCCGUUUGUGGCACUUACUCAACCAAUUAAUGCCUUGGCGUUUGUUUUCGAUGGCAUCAAUUUUGGAGCAUCAGAUUUUUCAUAUUCUGCAUAUUCUAUGGUCCUAGUGGCCAUUGUCAGCAUCUUAUGCUUGGUUGUCCUCUCUUCUAGUCAUGGUUUUAUUGGAAUCUGGGUAGCUCUAACAAUCUACAUGAGCCUACGAAUGUUUGCUGGUUUUUGGAGGAUAGGGACAGCAAGAGGGCCAUGGGCAUUUCUUCGGAGUGUUUAAUGUCUUACCUUUGUGAUUCCUUUCUGUCUAGCCAAAUGUUUAGAAUGUGAUCUCUGUUAACUCAGUUAUUAAAGGUUGGUCAAACACCUAACAUGUAGAAGGAUUAAAAAGUUGAAUGCUAUCCAAGACUGAAAUUUCCUUUAACAGGUUCUUAUUGGAAAGCUAGCCUCAACAUAAAACAAGGGCAUUACUCUGAUCAAAGGCACUAGCAGUCUGCAUUUAUACAGGCUAUGGAAGGCAAGAACCUCUAGACAGUAUGAUGCCAUUUAUUUCAUUAAGCUGAAAUAUCGGUCCACAAAGUAAAGAUCACAAUCAAUGUCUCAAAAUGUUUCUUUAUGCUGAGAAAUGGAUUGAUGUGCACAACAAAGUUAUGCAGGAUUCUUGUAAGACCAUCUGGAUGAAAAUUUACCCCAUUUUCUUCCCCUUAAGUAUAAAAUCACUUGCUAUCUAUAUUUGUAAUUUCUAAAGUUAUUUCAUUGUUUAUGUGCUAUAAGAAACAAAGGGGAUGGUAUUAUGUUUAUUGUUGACAAAAGAUCAAAAACUUAUGUUAUGCAUGUUUGAAAAAGACGACCAUUGUACAUUUGCACCUGGA